UAAGAAAUCUACUUGUAUGAGUCGCAGUCGAGUAAAUACUAUAAAUGCUUUGACCAUUAUAAGCUAAGAUUUCAGUUGAGGUCGAGCUCUCGAGACGGUCAGAUCUGAACAGAAGUAUUUUUAUCGCAGCCUGAAUACGAGAAUACGGUUGCUGAGAAGAUGGCAAAAUUAAUGCUGUACGUCUUUGUAGCGUUGCUAGCUGUCUCUCUUAUCAUGGCCGCUCCUGAUAAGCCUAACUGUGGUCGACACGGUGACCCUUGCGUUGCUGGCUCGGAUUGUUGCCCCAAUAUGAGAUGUCACGCUUAUGCAAAUAGAUGUCAAGUCAUAAUUACUGAGGAGGAAUUGAUGGCACAACGUGAGAAGAUUUUGGGCCGAAGGGGAAAAGAUUAUUAAAACGGAUAAGAUUUUUAUAUCAAAAUAUUAUAAUAAUGGAUGACGAUUCUCUCAGUUUAUCAUAACUCAAUUCUGAAGACUGUUUUGAGGAAUUAAAUAUUAAUAUAUAACAUUAAAUUUGUAUACUAAUAACGAAAUUAAUAUAUUUGCAUAUUUUGUACAUGUAUACAUUUAUUGUAGAUGUAAGCAAUACUCUCAAUGAAAAAUAAAUACAAACAUUAAUUAAAAGUGUUAUCUUAUCUGUUAAUGCUUUCAAAGAAUAUGCGCCUCUCGUAAACAGUAUUGUUAAACGGGCCAGUUUUUCUCGCGCAUGCGCGAGAAUUCGCAGUAUAAUUAUCUAUUAUUUUAUUUGAUUUUAUACAAUCUUGACUUUUUAAAAAAAUUUUAUAUAAUAUUUAAAUAUACAGUCAAAAUAGAGCUUCUCAAAAACUUAGAUCAGAUAAUAUCAGAUUUUUGUACUUCAAUAAUGUUAUAUUUGACGUGCAUUCUUAGUUAAUGUUUGUAUUUAUUUUUCAUCAAGAGAUAUUGAUUAUAUCUACAAUAAAUGUAUUAUACAUGUACAAAAUAUGUGCAAGUAUUAUAUUAAUUUUUUUUGCAACACUGCUUGUAAACGGAAAAUAAAUUGACGUUGUGGAAGAAAGUAAUAACAAAA